GGUACAUGCGACUGAUACAACUCUCAACCCAAGACACGACCCGGAAAACUGUCUGACGCGCGGCGACCGUCUCGCAUUCUUUCCUCGAGGUGCGACUCUGCUUUGCUUCGCGGUGAUCUUCGCUCGCCUGUUUCGAAAAGUUUCAGUUGUGGGGAUAAAAGGACUGCUAAAUCUUCCAAGGGAUUUUUUUAAACAACGUGGAGGACCGUCAAGGAUGAGCCGCCAGUGAGAACGACCCACGAUUCUGCCAGAGAGUCGACAGCACAAAAGUUUGCACCAUUCUGCCCAUACAGUUUACCCCAUCUCUCUUCUCUCCACCCCUCCCCCAUACCCCUCUUCUAUCACCCCUAUCCCCCCCUCCGCCCAACCCCAGCCCAGUCUCCAAAAUGGACUUGCACCGGGCAGCUUUCAAGAUGGAGAGUUCCUCCUACCUUCCCAACCCGUUAGCAUCCCCAGCGCUAAUGGUGCUAGCAUCAACAGCUGAGGCUAGCCGCGAUGCCUCCAUCCCCUGCCAGCAGCCUCGCCCAUUCGGCGUGCCAGUUUCUGUGGAGAAGGACGUUCACCUCCCCUUCAACAAUGGUUCCUACACGUUCGCCUCCAUGUACCACCGGCAGGGCGCUGUACCACCAGGCUUCCCAAACAGGGACUUCCCUCCUUCCCUCCUACACCUCCAUCAUCAAUUUGCCCCACCAAAUCUGGACUGCUCCCCAAUAAGCAUGCUCAACCACAGCGGUGUUGGGGCCUUCCGGCCUUUCGCUUCUCCUCUGGAGGACCGUGAUGGAGCAGGAGGUGGAUACCAGUCCGCUUUCACCCCAGCCAAGCGGCUAAAGGGCUGCCUGGAGGCUGAGGCCUCUCCGCACCUGCGCUACUCGGACGCAGAAGGGAAAGAGUAUGACUUUGGUGGUGCUCAGAUCCCCUCAAGCUCGCCUAGUGCUCUCAAAGCCGUGGAAGAUGCAGGGAAGAAGAUCUUCGCAGUGUCAGGCCUGCUGUCAGACCGAGAAACCUCGUCCAGUCCGGAGGAUCGCAUUGAACGCUGUAAGAAGAAGGUGUCACUCUAUGACAGUCAGGCUCCCAUCUGCCCCAUCUGUCAGGUGCUGCUGCGUCCAGGAGAACUUCAGGAGCACAUGGAACAGGAGAUGGAGAGGCUCACCCACAUGCACAUCAGCAAGAAUCCAUCACACAAAAACAUCAAUGCAGCUCCAGGCACACCGAAGUCUCUCCUGUUGUCAGUGCACAUCAAACGUGAGGGCGAGUCUCCAGUUGUGUCCCCGCUCUCUUCUGAUGAAGCUCACCAUUCUGACAGAUACCAGACAUUUUUGCGAGUGCGAGCUAACAGGCAAACACGAUUGAAUGUCGAUGACCUCUGCUGGUGCAGGCGCUACGCCAAGGAAAGUUUCAAAAGUCCCCCAAACCCAGUGCCCAGAGGAGUGCCCCUAGCCCCUUGCUGCCUGCGGCAUGCCCGGAUUGGGAAGAUGAAGCGCCGGAAGCCUGAGGAUGGACAGGUAUGUCCACUGUGCAGCGCCCCGCUGACAGGGACAGAGGAGGAAAUGAGUAGGCAUGUGGAACAAUGUCUGUUCAAGAGGGAAGGUGCAACAGAAGAGGAUUCUGCGGAUGUUGAAGGAGAAAACGGAACACGGUUCGAGGAGUACGAGUGGUGUGGACAGAAGAGGGUCCGAGCUACUACAUUACUAGAGGGUGGUUUCAGAGGAACAGGCUUUGCCAUGUGUAGCACGAAGGAGAGCCAUGACAGUGAUGCUGACCUGGAUGUGGAUGGAGAUGACACACUGGAGUACGGCAAAGCCCAGUACACUGAAGCAGACAUCAUUCCUUGUUCUGGAGAGGACCAGGGAGAGGCCAAAGAACGUGAGGCACUGCGUGGGGCUGUUUUGAAUGGUGGUGUGCCAUCAAAUAGAAUAACACCAGAGUUUUCAAAAUGGGCCAGUGAUGAAAUGCCAUCCACCAGUAAUGGCGAGAGCAGCAAACAGGAGCCUAGCUCUUCAUCUUCGUCCUCCACACCGAGGACCUGUAAAAACAGCGAGAUCGAGAAGAUCACAGAGGACUCCACAGCGACCACACUGGAGGCGCUAAAGGCCCGCAUACGAGAACUGGAAAAGCAGAUCCUCAGAGGAGACCGAUACAAGUGUCUCAUAUGCAUGCGCAAGCCGACCCAAACAGGGGCUGAUGGCAAGAAUCAGGUGGUCGAGAGGCACGGGAGCGCAGAGGCCCUGCAGCUCGGCGUGUACUGUUUGUACAGAAGCUACGUAACGGGCAGCAGCGCUGGGAUUAAGAAGCUGCUGCCGCUCCGGAGGGACUCAUAUACAAUGCCACUCACCUCCAUCCAGUGUUGGCACGUGCACUGUGAAGAAUGCUGGCUUAGGACUCUGGGAAACAAGAAACUCUGCCCACAAUGCAAUACCAUCACGUCGCCAGGGGACCUCAGGCGUGUGUAUUUGUGAGCAAAACAGCCCGAAUUCUUUUUUCCGUUUUGUUUUACUUUUCGUUUCCAUUCGCGCUAGUGUUUUUGGUUUCCCCACCGCCUGAGGGAGUGAAGUAUCGUCCUGACCAUGAGAGACUCGAGCACAGACUCACACGGACUAUAAAUGGGGACUGACUUCACAAGCAUAGGACUAAUGAGGACUGUGUAGACUCCGUUCUCUACUAUAGUUGCUUAUGUGAAGAGGCUUUCCACCUUCCCUCUUGUGUUGGUCCAUGGUCCACACUCACCAAAGUCAGCUUGGUUCCUUGAUGAGGAACGUGUUGUUCUCAGAUGAAGAAAAGAGUACUCAUUCUGUCCCUCCACCUGCACUGCUGCUGCUCUUCAUCUCCCACUUUCGCAACUUCUUCUCCAAGACCGCUGACGUCACCUCAACUGAAACAUAAGCCUGACGAUAAGAAGAGACUCUAAACGGACCACACGAGGCUCUCCAGAACCCCUCGACCUUGAUUCUUCAUUGUGUCCUCUUUCACCCCAAAUCAUUACUACUUUUGUGGUGUUCUAGUGAUGUCAACCAAAUUCAAUGAAUCAGUGCAAGCACAUGUAUAAUAGUCUCUGUAUGUUUACAGUGUUGUGAGUAAAUGACAUAGAGAACAAAAUACACUUGUAUACACGCGCACACACCUACAUACACACACACAGACACACACACACGUACAGAAGAAUAUAUUGAAUAAAAGUCCAGUUUUAGUUGAGUGCGGCAUGGGUUGGGGGGGAGGGGAUAUGUUUCAAUCUUGGUGAAUAAAAAAAAAAAAAAGAAAACCCUCUGUAUUUUUAAAGCAGAUGUUGUUGUCUUGAAGUUGUAUUUCAUUGUACAGGAAGAAAUUUAAGUAAUAAUAAUAAUAAACUACUCAAACUAGGACUUAAAAGAUUUAGGUGUACAUUUUUCAGUUAAAACUGUAGAUUUAACCCUGAAACAAGGGAAAGUAUCUUUCUUUUUCUUUGCUUUUUCUAAGAAAUGGAAAGAUUUGCUUUUAUUCACCCACAUUUUCAGCGUUUUCGACUUUAAUGCUGAAUGCUGUCUGUCUGUUACAAACAAUUGAAAUGACUGCUUAUUCCAUUGAACAUACAGUAUUAAGACCCCUGACUGGUUGCAUAUCAUCAAUUUGUUCCCUCAAAAAGGGACUUUCCUGAAAACAUCAAACACUUAAAGUGGUUUCAUUUAAAAGUUAUGUUCCGAUUUCCUCUCGGAUACUUAUUUUUCCCCCUCAAAGAAAGAACUGAAGAGUGGAGACUUGUUUCCCUGACUGACUGACUGCUCACGUGUUCCCUACGAGUGAGACCGUGUGCUUUAUAUUUGUACAUCUAUGUAUUCUGUGAUUUCUGUAUUGAUGUAAGCGCAAAAAAGGAAGAAGUGAAAGGUCAUUGCUGAUCCCAACACCACAAUAAACAGUCAAAUGUUAUAACUUAUUCCACUGUUCUUUAAAUCUAUCUUCACCAUAGCUGGGUCACAGUCAAGUACUGUAAAAACAACUGUACCAAUAUCGUCAAGAUUGUUUCCACAUGUAAAAUACCUCUCUCUGCAACUAUUUUGUAAAAUACAUGUAGCAAACAUGGAUUAGGGUUGACUUUGUAUUCUUCCUUUGCCAAACAAUUCGUUCCUGCCCCAAAGAUGACCGAUUGCACAAGAUAAUUGUGUGAUAUGAUUUGUGUCCUUGUAUAUUCUUGAAAAUGGUACGUGUCUUUCCCGUUUGUAAGUUACAUUUGACAUCAAUUAAAUGACUGUAAAUCUGAA